AUGAAUUACGAUAAUAUCAUCGUAAAUGAGACCCAUGAAUCCAGGUCUAGCUGGUCUAUUGGAUCCCAGUUUGCCAAGAGAGUCCACAAUACGUCGCAGCAAUGGGAAUGGAAAGCAGUCGUUACAUGGAUAAUUACUAUCCCGUAUGGAGCUACAAUUUAUGGUUUCAUCCCCUGGCAAAGUUUCCAGGACCAACUUUGGGCCGGUGUUCUCUGCACUCGGGGCAAAAUUCACAUUGCAGUUGAGCGAGCCCAUGACAAAUAUGUCCGGAUCUCGCCUAAUGAGCUCUCAUUUGCCAGUGCGGAGAGCUGGAAAGCGAUCUACGGUCACCCCGGAAGCGGCAGGCAGAUUGCGCGAAAAGGGCCUUUCUAUGACGUCCUGGCUGCCGGCUUCAGCAGUAGAUGCAUCGGAAGCGAGCGUGAUCCACAGAAACACUCUGUUAUGCGCAAGAUGUUGAGCCCAUCUUUUUCCCAACGCGUCUUGGUCGAACAAGAGGAUAUUAUCUCGGAAAUUGUUGACAAGUUUGUCACGAAUAUGGGAGAAAAGGGCGGCCCUGGAACAAAAGGUUUGAACAUGACCAAAUGUUACAACAUGAAUUCGUUUGAAAUUCUUGGGGAGAUGGCUUUCGGAGAGAGCUUCCGCAGUCUUGACAUUGAUAUCCUGAAUUCCUGGGCAGACACUGCCCUCGAGCAUCUCUACAUUGUCACUCUGAUUGACAAUUUGCGGCGCAUUGGCUGGGUGUCCAAACUUGCAAGACUACUCAUUCCCACAUGGAUCGUCACCAACAACCAGCAUUCGAACUAUAGCCGUCAACAAGUCGAGAACCGUCUUCAAAUCAAAGCAGCUCGAAGCGACUUCGUCAGUCCGCUCGUCGACAAGGUUCGCGCAGGAGAGAUCUCCAAGGAGGAAAUGACAGCUCACGUUUCAACGAUCGCAAUUGCUGGUGGAGAGACCGUGGCAACUACUUUAUCAGCCUUGACAUGUUUCCUCGGUCAAAAUCCAGAGAAGCUGAACCUUCUCACCCAGGAGAUUCGUGCCGCUUUCAAUACUUAUGACGAAAUAACCGGAUGGAAGGCCCAGCAACUACCAUAUCUGCAAGCGGUUAUUAACGAAGGUCUCAGACUGUUUCCUCCCGCUUCUGGGGGCGCGACUAGGCUUUCUCCCGGCUUUGAGCUGCACGGCCAAUAUAUACCUGAAGGCACCGACAUCAGCGUCAGUCCCUGGUCCACCGUUCACAAUCCUGAGCAUUUCUCCGACCCCUGGAAUUUCAAACCAGAGCGAUGGGUGGACCCUCAUUGCAAAGAUAAUAAGGAUGCCAGCCGUCCUGAGUCGCAAUUCACUCUCAUCGCUCUGAAAUUCGACGGGUUUGACAAAUUUGCUACGUUUAGCUUUGCAUGGAUGGAGUUGAACCUCAUGUUGGCGAAGCUUCUGUGGACGUAUGACAUGGAACUCGUGGAUAAAGAUAUUAAAUUCAUAGAGCAGAGCAGAGUGCAUGUGUUGUGGUGGAAACCGGAAUUGUUUGUUAGAUGGCAUAGACGUCCUACGUAA